GCUUGCGUAUCAUGGUCCAGUGUCAGAAGAAAUGUUUCCUAACAGGCUCCCGCUGACUUCGUGCUCAGGUGUCAGGUCCAGCGUCACCUUCUGAGGUGUUGGCUGGGCUUUAGAACAGCUGUGGGUUCUCCUGGAAGCUCUGUCUCAGGACACAGAGCACACAGUGUCACAGCUGACACCCAGUGCUCACGCUGCUCACAGGUCCUGCCUCAGUUGAGAGAAUGGCCUCCGCAGGGACCCAAACAAAGGAACUUGAAAAUGACAAUGCCUGCUGUGUACAGCUUUGCAAUCCAAACAUAGCCACGCUGAAGGAAGACGUUCUCUACCAUUUCGGCCUCAGCACCAGCACGCACGACCUCCCUGCUAUGUUUGGGGAUGUGAAGUUUGUGUGCGUUGGGGGCAGCCCGUCCCGCAUGAAAGGCUUCAUCAAAUACGUGGCCGCAGAGCUGGGCCUUGGGCACCCGGGCGAGGACCAUCCCAACAUCUGCGCAGGGACCGACCGCUAUGCCAUGUUCAAAGUGGGGCCGGUGCUGUCCGUCAGCCAUGGGAUGGGCGUGCCUUCCAUCGCCAUCAUGCUGCACGAGCUCCUCAAGCUGCUGUACCACGCCCGCUGCUCCGGUGUCACCAUCAUCCGCAUCGGCACCUCCGGCGGGAUAGGUCUGAAGCCCGGCUCCGUGGUCAUUACCCGGCAGGCGGUGGACGCCUACUUCAAGCCCGAGUUCGAGCAGGUGGUGCUGGGGAAGCGGGUCGUGCGCCGCACGGACCUGGACGAGCGGCUGGUGCAGGAACUGAGCGAGUGCUCCGCGGACCUGCGCGAGUUCACCACGGUCGUGGGCAACACCAUGUGCACCCUGGACUUUUACGAAGGGCAGGGCCGGCUGGACGGCGCGCUCUGCUGCUACACCGAGCGCGACAAGCAGGCGUACUUGCAAGCGGCGCACGCGGCCGGCGUCCGGAACAUCGAGAUGGAGUCCUCUGUCUUCGCCGCCAUGUGCAGCGCGUGUGGCCUCCGAGCGGCUGUGGUGUGUGUCACCCUUCUGGACCGCUUGGAAGGGGACCAGAUCUGCAGCCCCCACGAGGUGCUGGCCGAGUAUCAGCAGCGGCCGCAGAGGCUGGUGGGCCACUUCAUCAAGAAGUGCCUUGCGGGGGCCUGAAGGCCCCUGCGUCUCCAGGACGAGUGGUUGUCAUUGCCACAAAUAAAACCCUUG